AUGAUUGUGAUCCAUAACGUGAGGUCCGGGUCCCCAUCCCGUCCCAGGAGGUGGUGGAGGAAGAGGGUCCAGUGGGGUGUCCUCCUAGGACUGAUGGUCCUGAUCUAUGGCUCUCAUGCCCCCCUAAUAACCCUCACCAAGGUGGGUGGGCGGGUUCCCUUUAGCUCCUCCUCCUGUGUGCUUCUGAUAGAGUUAACCAAGCUUUUGGCGUCCCUAGCAACUCUGCUCCUGACUGGGGCCCUGUCUGCCCUGCGUGCCCCCCUGUCCCUGGCCCUCGUGGCCCCCUACGCAGUCCCAGCCGCACUCUAUGCCUUCAACAACAACCUGGUAGUACUCAUGCAGAUCUACAUGGAUCCCAGCUCCUUCCAGGUCCUCAGCAACUUGAAGAUCGCAUCCACGGCCCUGCUCUACUCCUCCUGCCUGGGGAAGAGGCUGCGGUCCGCCCAGUGGCUGGCCCUGGGGAUCCUCAUGGGGGCCGGGGUGUGUCACAGCUACAGCAGUCUGGAUCUGGAGUAUCCAGGGCAAACUGAGGACCAGGCAAGUUCCAGGCUUCACAUCACAGCCUGGGGCCUUGUUCUAGUGCUGGUUUACUGCUUCAUCUCAGGGCUGGCAGCCGUCUACACAGAGCGGGUGCUGAAGAGCCAGCGACUACCCCUAAGCCUGCAGAACCUAUACCUGUAUGUGUUUGGAUUGGCCAUCAACUUGGUCUCCUACCUCUUAAGCAUGGGGGGAGAACAGGAUUUCCUGGAGGGUUACUCAGGGGUGGUGUGGGCCAUUGUCGCUGGGCAGGCAGCAAACGGGCUGCUGAUGUCAGUAGUGCUGAAGCAUGGCAGCGGCAUCACCAGACUGUUUGUCAUCUCUUGCUCUAUGCUGGUCAAUGCUCUGCUCUCCUGGGCCCUACUGGGCCUGCAGCUCACCCCCUUCUUCCUGUUACCCACCUCUAUGAUUGGCCUGGCAGCCUAUCUGUACUACCUUUAGCAGAACUCUGCUAACUGACUCCCAUUCCACCACCCCACCACAAUCUCUGGCAGCACUUUCUACCAGAUGAUGUGUUGACACUGAUUGACAUUAAGGUUGGAAUGUUUUUUUUUUUUGGUUGGAGUGUUCUUUUCCCUUUUGAAAUGCAUUUUUAUUUUAGUGAUUCGGAUCCAGUAUUUUUCAUCUCAUGUCCCAAAUGGUCCAUUUAGUUUGAGUUAUUUGAAGUUUCUAAUUCGAUUGAUUAUCUAAUAGAAGCUGCACUUUAGCCGAGACUUACAGAGAGAGCCCUUCAUCACACCAUCGCUGUUUUAUCUGUUCUGCAUAAUGUACUGCCUACUUUUCACUUGCCUUUGAUUUCCAGGUCAAUCAAAUUCCUCCAUAUUCAUUCAAGCCUUUUCUUCAAUAUAUCAUGGGUAGUUGGAUUUGAGUAAUAUGUCUCCAUUAUUUCUACAUUGUCACCCAACACUUCUUAAGAGUGGUGCUAUGAUCAUUCUAUUAGCAUUUAUCAUUACCUCUGCCAAUGUCAAGACAUAUAGUACAGAAAGUGUUUAUGCAAUACUAUAUAUUAAAGAUGAAUAUUUCAA